ACGGGACCUACUCUGAAGUGACAAAUCGUGCCUCUAACUUAAAGUACCAACAAGGAUAUAAAAUCGAGGUCAAGAUUGAAAUGAGAUGUGGUGAGAUGCCACUGUUUCUCUCACCUCGUCUAGCACUAAGCACAAGAGCAGUGGCCGCAUCCCCAGUCCCUCCCAUGAUGUGGUCGUUAGAAAGGCGUGGAUUCACCUACGUUGGAGCCGGCACGUCAUCGGAGCGGAGCAGAAGCGUGCACGAUAAGACCCGAAAGAUGGUAAAGUACGCUUGUGUAGGUUAA